AUGCUUGUACUGUCAAACAACACUUUCCUCGCGGGUUGGCCUCGUCGGGCGUUUCCGGACUCAGUGCACCACCCCGGCAAUCCCACCAGCUGCCUCUUCAAUCGCCCCUGCUCCAAGCCCCACGGCGUCCACGACAACCGUUGUCAUUGCCGAUACUCAACAUCCUCGUGCCUCACACUCGUCGGUCGUUGCCAACUUCAUCAUCCCUACAACAACCUCGGCGACGACGACGACGACGACGACGGCGAUCACAACAGCUCCCACUCCAGCAACCGAACAAAACUCUCUCGACUGUCCGUCAACCAUCAACCUCACCAUCACAAUCCCAUCUCCAACGAUGUGGACUCGGUUUUAACCCGUUCCCGUUGCGAUCGCAUAUCCACCUAG